AUGAGCAUCUGGGCCUUUAGCGCAUUCAAUGAGGCAAAGGGCAGGAAACUUGGCGCGACGUUGGAUCGGCAGGGUUACCAAAGGCAUAUUCUAAGUUCCCUUGGCCCUGGGAUCACGCGUCACGCCCCAUCUUCGACCAGCGCACGGCUACAGCCUCUGCUCCUGCCCAAUUCCCCGCCGCUUGCACCGCGCCGCCUUCUCGAGCAAUCGAGCCACCCACCUGUCGCCGCCGUCCGUGCUCGCCAACCUAGCACGACGUCCUCACUCGCGCAGCAGAGACAGGCAUCCUCCCGACCAUCCAAGAUGUGGGACGUCCUUUCACUCUCGCUCCUCCAGGUCUUCUCGGUGCUCUCGGUUCUCUCAUUCUUCACCUCCAUCCUCGCCGUUCUCCACGUCGGCGGUGGGCCCAUACAUCGGUUCUCUUCAAACAAGUUCGAUGCGGAGGUGAAUGCGCCGCAUCAUGUGAGCCUGAGCUCGGGGAAGCAGCCGUUGUGGAAUUGGAGUGGUCUGCCAGUAUCGUUCUCGCUGAGCAGCCUCAUCGGCGAGGACUCACGAGAACAGGGUUCGGAAGAGAGAGCAGUAGGAGGAGGAUAUAUUGGUGGGGCUGAGCUUAUGAGGAUGAACUGGCAGGUCGGCCGAUCACGAUAUGUACAACGCUCUCUAGGACCACAAUAUUAUGACUCGCAAAGGCCACUGUCAAUGGCAAAAAUCAUCAUGUCCCGCCACGUCAUCACAACGAAAGCCUGUUCGUCUACCACGACGCACACCGGGCAUGCCACGGCCGACGCCACCAUCACGACUAAUGGAAUCGGUCGUCUAGAUGACUCUGCUGAUGCCCUCCGACGCCCUCCCAGCCUCAUGCCCUUCGACACGACACUACCGUGA